CAACCAGCUUGUUAUACAUUGUUUAUGUUAAGACUUAAAUCAAUGAAUGAGAGAGAGGCAACAAAGAAGCGGCUUGCCUUUCCAAGCAAAAGAUGAAGUAAGAGAAAUUCGCGUGAAAGACAUGGCAAUAAAAAGAAGCGAUUGAAUCUUCGAAGAGAUCCUCUUUUGAAUUAUAAUAUAAGCCAAAUAAAGCCAGCAAAAAUGCAAGUUUUAAAAAGGACUUGUCCUCGUAAAACUCUUGAAGGUCUCUCGCAGAUUGAAACUCAGUUGGAGAACCUGCCUCGGAACAUUCUUGAAGUUGAUAGGAAUCUUUCUUACCUGAAACCGACAUGAGAACGUCUAAGGGAACAAUUACAAAAAGCAUGAGCUUCGGAAUCACUAGGAGACUGUUCAUAUCUCAAAACUAAGGUUGAUGAGAUCAAAGUGAUUUUGGACAACUCUGACCAGAUUAGAAGCUUUACAGCAAAAUCUUCCAGGGAAGAUAUUCGUCCAAUUCCCAAUAUGUUAAGUUUAGGCUCAACUCAUGAUAAAAAGCUCGGAAAAUUCUUAAAUAAAAUUCAAGCACAAAAGCGGGAAAUUAAUGCAUUGAAAGAACGAAUUAGUAGAAGAGACAAAAAAAUUGCAAUGCUUGAGAGAAAGAUUCAGGAAAAUAACAAAAUUGAUUAUGUACUGGAGGAGCUUGACACUUCGAAUCCUAAUAACUUUAACCUCCUGGUCCAGACGAUGCUUGGAAUCCCUUUUAAAAUCUCUCCUUCAUCAACCUUUAGCUUGGACUUGAGCAAUACCAGACACCAUGAUUUAAUAGACAAGGUCAACGAUAAGGUGCCCGAUGUAGGGAGGCUGGACAUCAACAACUUAGGAGAAGAUAUAGACCAGGCUAAGAAGAUACUCAAGAGCAACAUGUUAGGUAAGAUAGACGAACUCUCGCUGAAUGAGGAAGGCCAGAUGGUGGAGUUUCAUGAGUUUGGAGAAGAAUUUGAGAAAGAAUUGGCUAAAGUUGUAUGAACAAAUGUUUGCAAAAGCUUUUCAUUGUCCAAUUAUAAGAUUCAGAAAGGCACCUUGAGUAAACUGCUCUAUUCUGCAGCACAUUUGCCAUCUAUUAAUCUAAGAGGCUGAAAACUUGAAACUUCACCUAUUCCAGCUCUAGAAAACAAAGAUUGUUCUCUAACUCACCUUGAUCUUUCCUUUUGAGGAUCUCCAGAGCUAGGUAAUUGGGGAACAAAUCCUACUCAUUUCGAUAAUCUCCUUCACUCCCUCUGAAGCCUAAAAGGAAUUAGGAACACUUUAAAGAAGAUAACAAUGCAUAUGUGUGGGCUUGACGAGAAGGAGAUUAGGGAGAUACUGAACAAGUACAGAUUUAAUCGGGAAAUAUCAAUUUUGGCUUCAUAAAUCACUUUCUCAAACUGGUGGGUUUCUAA